GCUGUGGUUCAGCUGGAGAAAGGUCUGUGUUUUGAAUCCUCUGAAGUGUUGAUAUCAGGACAGCGCGCAUUCAGUCAAUUUUAUGUAAGGGGUGAUAUCACGUCCCAGCCGGCAUUUCAACAUUGAAACAACGUCAGGGACCGGGGAAGGAAGGACCUUUCGAUUUUCCAAAUGGGAUCAAGGUUGAUAUUGUGACAUAGAUUGACCGUCCUACCUUUCACCCGGGAAAAACUCCCGCUGAAGUGACUGAGACACGUCAUUAUCAAGAUGGAGUUUAUUAAAGAGGAGAGAGAAGACGUGAAGAUUGAAGACACAUCCAGAGUCAAACAUGAAGAGACUGAGGAACAAACAGCGAUGGUGUCAGUUAAAGAGGAGAGUGAAGACGUGAAGAUUGAAGACACAUUCAGAGUCAAACAUGAAGAGACUGAGGAACAAACAGAGAUGGUGUCAGUUAAAGAGGAGAGAGAAGAAGUGAAGACUGGAGAAAUAUUCAGAGUCAAACAUGAAGAGACUGAGACAGACACUAUUACAAAGAUGGAGUUUAUUAAAGAGGAGAGAGAAGACGUGAAGAUUGAAGACACAUUCAGAGUCAAACAUGAAGAUACUGAGGAACAAACAGAGAUGGUGUCAGUUAAAGAGGAGAGAGAAGUGAAGAUUGAAGACACAUUCAGAGUCAAACAGGAAGAGACUGAGACAGACACUAUUACAAAGAUGGAGUUUAUUAAAGAGGAGACUGAGGACAUGAAGAUUGAAGAAACAUUCACAGUCAAACUUGAAGAUACUGAGAAACCAACGAAGAUGGAGUCAGUUAAUGAAGAGAGAGAAGUGAAGAUUGAAGAAGUAUUCAGUCUGAAAUAUGAAGAGACUGAGACACAAACAGACCUCAAAGUGCUGAAAGAGGACAGUCAGAAACCGAAUGAGAAGGAAGACAAUAAUCAUCAUGAUUUCACGACUAAGGGAAAAUCCACUAAGAAGAUCUCAGAAAAAAGAGUUCAGAUGACCAAAUCAAAUGAUUCAUUCACUUGCUCUCAGUGUGGAAAGUGUUUUAGUAAGAAAAAAAAACUUGUACUCCACAUGAGAGUUCACACUGGAGAGAAGCGGUUCUCCUGCCAACAGUGUGGAAAGAGCUUCACAACCAAACUUAACUUUAGGAAUCACAUGAGAGUUCACACUGGAGAGAAGCCGUUCACCUGCCAACAGUGUGGAAAAAGUUUCUCUCAAAAAGGAAAUCUUAAAGUCCACAUGAUGGUUCACACUGGAGAGAAGCCGUUCACCUGCCAUGAGUGUGGAAAGAGCUUCACAGCCGAACUAAACCUCAGGAAUCACAUGAAAGUUCACACUAGAGAGAGAUCUUUCACCUGCCAAGAGUGUGGAAAGAGUUUCACUCAAAAUGGAAACCUUAAAGUCCACAUGAGAACUCACACUGGAGAGAAACCUUACAUUUGCACCCAAUGUGUAAAGUGUUUUGCACAUAAAAACACCUUUAAUUACCACAUGAAAAUUCACAUUCAAGAGAAAUCUUUCACCUGCCGAAAGUGUGGAAAAAGUUUCACUGAUAAACAAAGCCUUGAAGUCCACAUGAAAGUUCACACGGGAGAGAAACCUUAUAUUUGCUCUCUGUGUGGAAAGAGUUUCAGACACAAAAAAACCCUUAAUCACCACAUGAAAAAUCACAAUGGAGAGAAGUUGUUCGCAUGUGAACAGUGUGGAAAGAGGUUUCGUUAUAAAAAUAGCAUCAGCAAUCACAUGAGGCUUCACACUGGAGAGAGGCCGUAUACCUGCAAACUGUGCGGCAAGAGCUUCACACAAAAAGGAACUCUUAAGAUUCACCUGAGAAUUCACAAAAGACAGAAACCAUUCAAAUGUGUGGAAAAUGACUAACAUGUAAAGGAAACCACAUGAGGAUUCACACGAGAGAGAAGGCAUUCAUAUGUGUGUGCUAGUACGGUCAUAUACAUGAAAACCAUGUGCGACUAAAAUGUUCACAAUUGAAAUCCUGCAAUAAUCUGCAAAAUUGUUAAUCAGAAACAUGCAUGAUAAAUAAAGAUAUUGCAUAAACCUGC